AUGGCCCGCUGGCAUUUUCUGGCCUGGCCCGACCUGGCGUGGGCCACGGUCCGAGGCCUGGGGUGGCUGGCUGCGCUCGGGGCCCUUCUCAUCAUGAGCUUCACUGUGCAUCGCUGGCCCGAUACCGAAUGCCGAGUUGUCGCCCCGGGCUUUGCCGGAGCCGCCGCCGCGCUGCUCGUCGACAGCUGGCAGGCCAUCGCCCUCGGCGGCCAGAUCGGCUUCCCGCCCCUGACACGGCGGAACGUGGCUUCUGCCGACUUCGCCACUCUCGUCUUUUCCUUGGCCGGCGGCUUCAUAAUACUGUUCAAGAAGAUACUGGUUCCCGAGACGCGCGGCUACGACGGGGCCGUCAUUGCCGCCAACCUGCGCCUCAGUCGCCAUCGCCAGCUUGCGUGCGGCGACAUGCUCAGGGCUGCCGUAUGCGCGCUUGCCGUCAUCAGAUGGGUACAGGUGUAUCGCGAGCUGCGAUUUGGCGUCCCCUUCUGA